AUGCCAUCGCCGCCGAGAGCAAGGCCCAUCAAGCCGGCCAAGGAUGCUUUACCUCCCAAGCCGGCACCCAGCAGCAAGAAGAAACAGACGAGCGGAAGGAUCUCGGCGGCGUGUGAGGCUUGCAAGAAACGCAAGACCAAAUGCACCGGAGGACCGCCACCGUGCAACUUGUGCGAGAACAUGGGGACGGAAUGUGUGAUUGACCUUUCUCUCGACAUGCGGCGUCGAGCGGCUCUUCAGCGCACCAUCGACGAGUCCAAGUCGUACCAGGAGACAUUCUACCAGUUGAUGGACGCGGUUCGAGAAGGGCCAUCGCCUCGUCUGGAUAUCCUGUCCGAGAUCAUACAGAGUAACCUCAGCAACCAAAAUGCCACAACCGCGCUUCAGCAGUACCUGCGAGGAGAAAGUGAUGAUCCGGGCUCUGAUCAUACCAUGGUCUCGCAGGACGACGUUGCGAAUCCGUCCACAGUAGACGACGGAGUCGGGCCUGACGCGAUGAGCGUCGAUGGAGGAUCGACGGCUCCGGCUCCAAUUCAACCGAUCAAGCAAGAGGAGAUGAUGAAUGGUGUUUUGAAAAUCGAACCGCCGCAGUCGAUUCCCCCUGUGACGGAAAGACUGAAGACGAGACCCGAGUCGCCAGAAAUUGGGUCAUUGUUAAUGGCUUUGAAGACGUGCAGCAUAUCCGAAGGCGAAGAAAUGUUGCGUCGCCUCAUAUCCUCAACACCCCUGGAGGCGAGUUCUUCGUCGCCAUGGUCGACGACAUCGACCAAAAGCUUACUGGAGAGAGUCACAUCCACCUCUAGUUCGGCCGGACUGGCAGAGCGAUCCCUUUGGCACCCUGCUUUACAAUUGAGAUCACCAACGACGACGACAACGUUCCCCGAGAGCAGCAAGGCAGAGGUAAAAUCGGUCGAAGCACGGCACACGCGUCGCUUUUCCGAAGUCGGGCCUUCGUCAAAGAGGCCUGACCCAAAUAUCCUCCAUCCACAGCAACAACCUUUUAUGAUGCGACGACCAUCUUUCCCUCAACCGGCACACGUCGACAGCGAUAUCCCCAUGUUUUCUACCGUCGCCCACCCUUCGCCUCACGCACCCUACCUCGAACUCGUCGAGACGUCGACAAAAAUGUCAGACCCGGCGCCUCCGAAUCGAUGGGACUUGAGUGUGGCGAGGGAAAAUCAUCAGUCGACGCGACUUCGGAUCCCUCGACACCUUGUGUUGCCGUUGAUCGUCCCGGACGAUUCGUACAUGAGUCGGACCUACACUCACUACCUGCAAGGCGCCCGAGAGAUGUUGGGCUCGGGAGUACCAUUGUCGGAUGUCUUGGGUGCCGGUGACGAAGUCCCUGUCGAUUUGUUCUUUCGGAGUCGUACCGACCUGGACAAGUUUGAUUGUGCCUCUUGGGCUUGUGAAGUGUCUCGAAGUUAUGAGACGGAGGUGUAUGCCAGGUUGGGGUCCGCUUACAUGUUGACCUUUUUGAUGAGGUGGCUAUUAGUAUCGACAACCGAGAAUUAUCACAAAGUCCCAGACAUGGUGAAACCGACACCAUCACAAUGUAUGAUUCCACAUAUUGGUGCUAUCGAGACUAUACCACUUGCUCCUGUACGAGACGCCGCCAUCCAUCGAUUGAGAGAUUGGCUCACCCCCUUGAUCAAGUGUAAUUGGAGUGUGAAUUGGCAUCACGACAUGGACGCCGCGGUGCAACAGAGUCCGGUCACCGGAGCGAGGGUCUUGACUCCGAGGUUCGUCGAACAUGUGACGGAUUAUGACAAUUGGAGUGUCGGUGGUGUGUUUUUGAAGACUUUUCCUGAAGUGGCCGGUAAAAUCAAGAUGCAUGAUUGA